AUACAAAAAUCAAACUCCCCCCCUGUUUACAUUGUUGCUGUCAUGUCUGCUCAACUCUCAAAGCACCGCGUUGCCGGUGUCACUGAGCGCAACUGGUGCCAGGCGGUGCACGGUGGCACAGGGAUAACCGUCCUCGCCAUCCUUACCUCUAAAAACCCCGACACUCCCCGUCUCCGAGCUGCACUCCAGAGCCUCCAAAACUCUCAUUCUUUCCUAAGGUCUAGACUCCACCACAAUCCUAAAUCGAACACGUACUCCUUUGUUACAUCUAUUUCUCCUUUCAUCCAAAUCAAAACAUACAACCUUCCAGCAACACACAACAUCCUCGGAAUUAACCUUCGAAACCAAACCCAUGAAAACAUUUCUCCAUUCCAUCUGAUCCUCGAACACGAACUCAAUGAGAACGCGUGGAUUUCACGUCCCAGUACUAAUGAUCAGGACGUAUUAUUUGCGAGCUCGUAUGCUCUACCGGAGGGGAAAUGGGUGUUGGUGCUGCGGCUUCACGUUGCGGCAUGUGACCGCACGACCGCAGUGUCGCUGCUGAGAGAGCUGUUGGAGUUGAUGGGGGAAGAGGAGGGCGGAGGAGGGACGGUGGGGAGCAAAGGAGAGAUUACUCCGACGAUUGAGGAUCUUAUUCCUAGUGGGAAAGCAAAGAAGACGCUGUGGGCGCGGGGAGUGGACAUGCUUGGCUACUCUGUGAACUCAUUGAGGCUGACGAAUCUCAAGUUUAAUGAUACGAAAUCGCCGAGAUCUACUCAGGUGGUGAGGUUGUUGAUGGACCCAGAUGACACUCGGACGAUCCUUACUGGAUGCAAGCUGAGAGAGAUUAAGCUCUGCGGGGCAUUGACGGCGGCCGGAGUGAUUGCCCUACAAAACUUGAAAUGCCGUUCCGAUCACCAUCAGCGGAAGAAGUACGGAGUCGUUACGCUCACCGACUGCCGCUCAAUUCUCGAACCUUCACUUUCCAAUCAUCAUUUCGGAUUUUAUCAUUCCGCCAUUCUCAAUUCCCACGACGUCAAAGGCGGAGAAAAAUUUUGGGAUCUCGCCAAGAAAAUGUAUGCGGCGUUUGCGCAACACAAGAGCGGCGGCCGCCAUUUCUCCGACAUGGCGGACCUCAAUUUCCUGAUGCUCAAGGCCAUGGAAAACCCCGCCCUAACCUCCUCCUCGUCCCUGAGGUCCUGCUUCAUGACCGUCUUUGAGGACACCGUGAUUGACAAUUCUGACAACAAGCAGCGGGAGGUGGGGUUGGAGGAUUAUAUGGGCUGCGCUUCCGUUCACGGCAUAGGGCCGUCAAUCGGGGUUUUUGAUACCAUACGCGACGGACGGUUGGAUUGCGUGUGUGUUUAUCCGGCGCCGCUGCACUCGAGGGAGCAGAUGCGGGAGCUGGUCGAUGGUAUGAAGAGUGUUCUGGUGGCUGCCGCGACGGAAGCCGAGACGGCGAGCUAGAGCCGCCCGCAUUGCUUGGCCCUGCGGCGGAACCUUAGAUGGAUUGCGGUUCGAGUACUCCAGUAAUUCUAGUGGGUUGGGCUUGUACAGUUGUACUAGUAGGAAUUUUAUUUUACUCUAAUUAAUUAAAGUUGUUAUUUUAUCCAAAAAAAAAGAAGUUAAACCUUCAAUUUAGUCCUCAACUAUUGUGUGUAUUUUUUAUUUGUGUGUAUUUUUGAUUUGGUUCUUAAACUAAAAAAUUUCUGAUUUA